GAAGGCGUGGCAGGAAGGGGGGAACUCUGUGGUCAGGGCGCUUCAGAAGACAGCUGCGCAGUGCUCUCGGUGUCGCCAGCUCUCAGCCCCUGGUCCUUGCCCCUUGUCCAAGAUGAGUCCUGUGCUCCUACUGUUAUUACUGCUGGUUGAUCGAGCAGUGGCCCUGGGCGAGCCUCAGCUCUGCUACAUCCUGGAUGCCAUCUUGUUUCUCUAUGGCCUGGUCCUCACUCUGCUAUAUUGCCGACUCAAGAUCCAGGUGCGGAAGGCAGCUGUUGCCAGCUAUGAGAAAUCAGACGGCAUCUACACGGGCCUGAGCACCCGAAACCAGGAGACAUAUGAGACCCUGAAGCAUGAGAAGCCACCACAGUGACAACAGGCACCCCUUUCCCUUCACUGCCUUCCUAAUCCUCCAGGGCCCUCCCACUGGCCCCCUUAAGUAACUCCCCCCUUACCCUGAGGAUGGACAGUGGGGUUCUUCCUUCAUCAGAGACCUACAAUCUGUGAUCUUCACUAAAAGUAUCUUUUAGUCUUUCCCCACCCCCAUCUCUUCUCAUGUCUCAGCCCUUGAUGGAGCCCCCACAACAGAGGAAAGAAAAAGACUGUCUCAAUAAAACCCACCAACCACUUU